AUGAUAGUUAGAUCAUAUUCAGUCGAGGGUCAAGCGAGUCGUAGUGACGAGCAUUCCUUGUUUUAUAGUGAUGAAAUUUCAAAAUCAAUUGAACAUGAUUCACUUUCAUUUCAAUUAACUCGAUUAAAAGCUUCAACUGAAUCAACUUCGGAAAAUGGUGAUCAUCAAUCGGUUUCACCAAUAUCUUCAACAUCAAGUUAA